AUGGACAACUACCGCACCAUCAACAUCGACGUCCUCGACCCGGAGUCCUCCUCCAACUUCCCCAUGGAAACCCUCCUCCCCGGCACCCUCCCGCCACCCCUCUCCUCCUCCGACGCCGCCGGUGUCGCCGGCCAAGUGCGCCAGCUGCUGCGCGGCGGGGACCCCGAGGGCGCGAUGCGGUACGUUCUGGACACGGCGCCGUUGGGCGGAGAUGAUCGCGCGAAGGAGGUACAUAUGGCGAGUGUGGUGGAGGUGCUGCAGGGGAUCCGGCAGGCGGAGAUGACCAGGGUUCUUGAAGGGGUGAUUGGGGGUGAGGGGGGGUCGGAGAGGGCGGAUUGUUUGAUGAAGUAUUUGUACAAGGGGUUUGAGUCGUCUGGAUCGAGCGGCGGUUCUCAGUCGCCGCGGAAGCUCUCUCCGCAAAGCACGGGGGGAGGAUUCUCGCAAAUUCAGACCCGGAAUUUCGGCGAGGGUGGUGGUGGUCAGCAGAUGAGCGUGCUGCUGAACUGGCAUGAGAAGCUUGUUGAACUUACCGGGCCUGGUGCGAUUGUUCGUGUCAUGACGGACCGGAGGACUGUCUAA